AUGCCUUCCAUCAAGGACUGCCACGAGGAGGAUAUCUUAGAUCGGCUAGCCAAAGCUCAAUAUUACAACCCAACCUGUGCGGAUUGCACUGCUUGGUGUCCCCGUUGGGCUUCAUUCUUGCUUGACAAACUUAACGACGAUGGUUCUUCGAUCCUCGUGGAAGGAUUCCUGUGUGUCAUGGUAUGCGAUGAUUGUGCUAUUCGCCACCUUCACGAACUUGGGGAAAAGCGCUGCUUGAUCAAAUGUCUGGAAUGUGUGCAUGAAUGGUCACACAAGGACCUUGACAUUCUUCACAGAAGUGGAAAUGAGCUUGUCAACGAUGUGUAUGAAGUAUACAUUGACUUCGACAAGACAUACGCUUGCAAGGAAAUAGAUGAAAGCGAUGACGGAUGGUCCAAGUUCAUCCGCAAAAAGUACAAGAAAUGCAAGUUCCGCGACGACAAGGCACUGAAGCAUUUGCUGGAAGACAUGAAGAGAUCCAAAACCCGACGCAAGAGUUACGAGCCCCCCAGAAGCAGGCGGAGCAAUGCUUCCAGCAAGGAGACCUCGGAUGAAGCCAGAAGAGGAAGCCUUCCAUUGGUACCAAACAGCUCAUGUUAUCGGUCCCACACAAGCAGGCGAAGAGUAACCCGAGCCAUGGGCAAAAUGACGGCUUUCAGCAAGUCUCUAUCAUCAGUCACCUGGUCCCCUUCGACGAAAGAAAGCGUAUCCAGCAUCACCGACAGCCCUCCCGUGAAGCCUAAUCGGUGCCUAAGCGUAUCGGGUCGAUCCAGCGUGUCGGGCCGAUCCAGCGAGUGCGGGAGUGUGCCCAGCAAAGGAUCAAGGAGAGGGGGCAGCAAUGGCGGAAGGCAGUCGAAGUCUUUGGGUAGACUCGGCGUUGUCAGAGUAAAAUCUGCACCGAACAGCCUCUCCAAGAUGGACGCCAAAGCAGACCCUCCCUUAAGAAAAACAAAAACUGACAAAGCAAAUUACUGCAUGCGUUCUCCCGGUGGAAACCUCGAAUCGGGGGGCUCUUUGCAAAGGGCGAACAGCGGCAGAAGCAGUGCAUUGCAAAGAAUGAAGUAUGGCAGAGGUCUUCGCACCAGUACGAGGGAGGAAUCGACAAGUGUCCUGGCCAGGGCCGUCAGUCAGAGAGGUGGACUCCAAGCAAUUAGAGCGGCUGGCCGCAAAGCGUCAAGAGGCAAUCUUGCAAGGGGCAAAAGUGACAGGCAAGUACAUGUAGUUUCGAGAGGCAGCCUUUCAAGAGCCAACAGCGAGCAGGAACUUCGGGCAUUCCCAAGUAAGGGGCUGAGCCAUGACGCAGACAAGCAGGCGAGAUAUUCGAGAUCCGCAAGGGUGUCGCAGGGCACCCAUACGACGUGCGGGAAUCUGCCUCAACGUGCAUAUGCCGCCUAG